GGCAGUAGUUACAAAUAUUGCGGUUCUUAAACGCUGUUGUAAAUUUACUCAACGCUUGCACUAGUGUGGUUUAGUUAAAGCACCAAUAAAAUGUUGGAUGUUGAAGUUGUCCCCGAGUUAGGGAUACGUCAUAAACUUUGGGAGUUCGUUCUUGGGAUGCCCAUCCAACAAAUGAUUGACAUUCUACGAAAACAAGACCAUACGAUUAAAAAUGUUGAUUUUUGGUAUAGUGACAAGGAUCCUUUCAGCAUGAAUUUGGUAUUGGUGUUACCUGGUGAUGGUGUCAAGUUUCACUUUGACCCAUUUUUACAAAGACUAAGGAUCAUCGAAGUUUUUGAUUUGUCCUCCAUCACAUUACGGUAUUGGUCACAGUAUUUUAAUAGUCCAUCUAUCUUGCCAACAAUGCAGGAGGUUUUAAGAAUAUUCGGAUCCACAAAACCUCUGGCUCCAGCGGAAUCAGAUGGUGACUACCAACUAACUUAUCGAGGUAUUACUUUCAUAUUGAGAAGGUUCUCUACUGGAAGUCGUGAAUCGAUUGAUUCCAAGUCUGAUCUGCUUGCUACACGACUAUUUAUUUAUCUGGGUAGUAAUUUAGCAGAAGCUAAAGUCCCAGUUGAAUUACCUAGUGCAUGCUAUUUACAAAAUGUUUUUCUUGAAAGACUCGAAGUCAACAGAUCAGUCAAUUCUACCACAGACCUAACGUUACAUCUUGUUGCUCAAGAUUUGAACGUGAAUCCAACUCGUGAACCUCAAAUCCGUCGGUUUACUCGCUCUUUAACUUUUGGAGAUUCUGUUCAGGAUGUACUUUCAGCUUUAGGUUCUCCAAGUCGUGUAUUUUAUAAAACUGAAGAUAAAAUGAAAAUUCAUCUUCCUCAAUCUCAUCGACUUGUGCAACCUAGAAAAUCGGAUUAUUUUUUCAAUUAUUUUCCACUUGGCUUAGAUAUAUUAUUUGAUGCCCAAACACAUGAAGUAAUGAAAUUUGUUUUGCAUACAAAUCAACCAGGAGAGUAUACAUUUAACACAUAUUAUCGAUGUCUUUUUGAAAUACCAAUUCCUAUUGUAAAAUCAUCUAAAGAGAAUACAAAUAGUGAAAUUGAUGAAACAGAUAAUGUAUUAAAUGAAACAAAAUAUUUAGUAACACCAUUCUCAAAGUGGUCUGAUGUUCGACAACAUUUAAUUUCAUCAAUGGAUACUGAACCAGUGGUUAUUUAUAGAGAAUCGAAACCACAACAGAAUCCUUUUGGUCCAACACAUGCGUAUGGUUAUCAGGAUAUUAUAUUUGAGGUAAGUUUAAUGUGAUCGAACUUUCAUUUUCAAAUUUGUUAUUGUUUAUGUCUUGUAUUGAACUUUAUCGGUCGUAAAUGAUGUGUAUUUCAAAUCAUUUGACUAUGUAACUUUCUGCUUGUACUAGAUCGACUUUGUUUCUAGGAAAGCAGAAAGAUCAUUAAUCUUACUAGACUCUAUAUAGGUAAUGUACAGUUAAGGAUUGAAUAAAUAUAGCACUCGAAUGUCAACUAUAGACUUAUAGUUUCAGUUGUCCUGUACUCUAUUUGAUUUGGACAGACGAGUGCUAAGACUAGCUGUUACACACUGUAUAUUUCGAUAAUACAAUAAGAAGAAAAAGUUUGUCAGAAUUAUGUGAUAUAUUUUUACAAUACAUUCCGAACAAUCUGAUCACUUAUAUGCUUGUUAAGACAUUUUUAUAUGAAAAUUAAAAGGUCAACUAGUCAGGUUAAAGGUAAAGGUAAGCCGUAACAAAAUCAUAAUAAUAUUAAAAUACACAAAAACAAUGUGAUUACCACUCUGGAUAAUAAAUCAGUAUUACCAGGAUAGGUUUAGGGUAAGGGCAAAUUGUUUUUGAACGCACAAAGGGAGUUUCAAUUUCCGUAUAGUCAAGGCUUCAAUAAACCGUAGUAUACGUCCUUGAAGGCUUUUGUAUAACACUACAAAUGCUGACUUGAUUUCAACCUUAUGACCAGUUUCAAUCAAAUGUUUCGCGAUGGAGGAUGAUAUCUGUCUAUCCCGUGAUCUUAUUUGACCAUCCGAAUUCAUUUGCUUCUGCAGUCAUUUUUCAUAUAAAAAUGUCUUAACAAGUACUUUAUGUGUGAUCAGAUUGUUCGAAAUGUAUUGCUGAAAUAUAUCGCAUAAUUCUCAUAAACUUUGUCUUCUCAUUACGUUAUCGAAAUUUAUCAAAGAGACUAAUUAUAAGCAAAGACAGAUAGUGGCUAGCAAUCGAAUCCAGGACGCGCGUUUCGUCCUAUUUGGGACUCGUCAUCUGGGUGUACCUGCAUCUCAGAGUUGAUGUUCACUCUAGGACUCAAACCCAGUACCGUCCAAUUCAAACGCUAUCGCGUUAUCCACUUAGCUUAUAAUGCUUGUAAAUUAAGGUAAUACGUACAGUAUGCAAAUAUGCAGUCCUAAACAUUAAUUGGAAGAUUCAAGUAAAAAAACAAUACCAAGUGAAUUAAAGAGACUAAUUGUUUUAAAUUUCUAAAAAGAAGACUCCCUACAUAAUGUAUAGUUUGAGACCGACUAAAUAGAUCUGUACUUGAGAAUGUUUGUGUUUCAUCAUCAUGAAUUCAGGUAUUAUCUAUUUUCUUUGAUACUUAUUAAAUAAUUAUCAUCUUAUGAAUACUUCUUUUCCUAUAUAUAUACAUAGAUUAUUCCAACCAGUGAAUGUAUAGCAUCAGUAACAUUAUAUACUCCAAUUCAUCUAUCUAAAACUUAGUUGCCAAGUAUCCAAUUAACAACAACAACAAACAAUAUGCCAACAGAAAAAAACUCCCAUUUUAAACUAUAAUUAUUUUCUCUUUAAAUAACUGCUAAUUAACUUAUUGUUCUAGUUUAUGUAUUAUUUUCACUUUCCUUCAAAAGAGAAUCAAUAUUAUCUACAGAAUUCUUAUUCCAAUAUUCUUCUAUAACUUGUAAUUAAUCAAAACCAUUAUUUCAUAAUAAAACAUCCACUUUGUAACUGAUCAUGACAUGUAAUAAUGAUUUGUUUAAAAAUUGUUUAACUAU